CUUUAGCUUUUCAAUACUUGACUUCGUCGUCCAAACCUCAAAGUAUCCUCGGUCCAAAAGUUUUGAUAAGACAUUCACCACGGCGACCCAAAAGGCCACCAGUUUGGCCUAUUGUACACCAGACGAAAGUACCCCACUCCUUAUUAUUCCAGAACACGGGGCUGAAACGGAUAUCAAUUAGCGAGGAACAGGGAAAAGAGGAACAAAGAAGACAGAAAGAGAGAAUAAAAAGGAAUUAUGAGCCGCUCACUCCUCCGCUCCGUCUUGGAGCUGCGCACGCCUAUAACCCGGCUCCCACCGCCCUUCCUGCUCCCGAUCCGGAUCCGCGCCCCCACCCGCGCCUUCACCACUACUACGCCCGCGCGGCAGAACAUCGAGCCCAGCGCCCCGCCUCCUCCCCCUCCCCCUCCUUCUUCCAGCGAACCGUCCGCGCCCAUAGCAGCAGCAACACCGGCCAAGCACGCGCCAACAGCACCAACCCCAACAACAGCGGCCGAAACAACGACAUCAGCCUCAGUAGCCGAGCUAUUCCCGCUCCUACGCGCGCAGCCAUCGCACUACAUCACGGUGCACAUCCACGAGCGGCCGUACCUGGUGACGGAGGGGGACCGUGUGCGUCUGCCGUUCCUGAUGCACGGCGUGCUGCCGGGGGACGUGCUGCGGCUCGACCGCGCGUCCACCAUCGGCUCGCGCGACUACACGCUCCUGGGCCAGCCGUACAUCGACCCGGCGCUGUUCGAGUGCCGCGCCACCGUGCUCGGCGUCGAGAGCGAGCCGCUGCGCGUCAAGAUCAAGACCAAGCGCCGCAACCGGCGCUCCCAGCGCGUCACGAGCAAGCACAGGUAUACCAUCUUGAGGAUUAGCGAGUUGAAGCUGUUGGGCCCUUCUUAAGGUUGGGGUGGAGUGCUGCUGGGCUGGGAAGGGAAGGAUUUGUGGAUUUGCCCGCCUAUGUAGGGGGGAGGUUGAUGGAGGAUAAGGGGAUGGAUGUUAGAUUCCCUUGACUAUUCGGAUCUGUGUCCAGUCAUUGGGAGACCAUGGACAUGGGUGAUAGAAACAUCGCCUCUACGACUGGCCGGAUGUGGAACAUCACAUAGAACGAUAAGCUUGUGAAGCAGCACUCGGCAAGCUCCAUGUACAAAACGCCCAUCCUAGAAAGAAACAAACGAAGACCGGGCAUCAAGCUAUGCGAUGCCCAGACUUCGACAUAGAAUAGACAUGUACUAUAUGUUUAAACAUGUCACCAAAAUUGUCAAGUUGUGUGAGCUAUGAAAACGAUCGAGU